AUGGCUGAGAGUGCAGUAAAGUUUCUGCUAGACAAGCUCACCCCCCUUUUCGAAAAUGACUUGCAACUCUUGAGAGGGGUGAGGGAAGAGAUUGUGUAUCUGAGAGGAGAGUUAGAGCGCAUGACAGCUUUUCUGAGAAUUGCUGAUGCAUUUGAAGAGAGUGAUGAGGAAGUCAAAGUGUGGGUUAAGCAAGUAAGAGACAUUGCUCAUGACAGUGAAGAUGUUCUUGAUGAAUUUACAAUUCUUCAGGCACAUGAUCAUGGGACGGAGGAGCAGGGAUUAUUGUACGGUUCAAUCCGAAGGCUCUCUUGCUGUAUUAAGAACACAAAAGCUCGAUACCGCAUCGCUUCUCAAUUACAAGGCAUAAACAUGAGGAUCAGAAAAAUCUCUGAUGUUCAUAAGAGACUGAGCCAUAAAUUCUGUACAAGUGAAGUAGCAGGUAAAUGGUGGGAGACACAUGGAGGAGGAGGAGAUGCUCUACUUUUGGAGAGAAGUGAUAUAGUCGGCAUCGAUGAGCCUAUAAAGCAGAUGGUUGGGUGGCUUGUCAAGGGUUCUUCUGGACGUGAAGUAGUUUCUGUGGCUGGAAUGGGAGGCAUGGGGAAGACUACCUUGGCCAAGCAAGUCUAUGAUGCUGCACAAGUGAAGAAGCAUUUCAAAGUUCGUGCUUGGAUCACUGUCACUCAGUCUUUCAAACUUGGGGAAAUCCUCAAGCACAUGAUUGAACAACUCCACCAAGCAAUUCGAAUACCAGUUCCACAAGGAAUCAAUAACAUGAGCACCAACCUGCUUAAAACAGUAAUCAAGGAGGUCCUGCAGAAAAGGAGGUAUCUUGUUGUUCUAGACGACAUAUGGCACUUGUGCGGAUGGGAUGCCUUGAAAUAUGCAUUGCCUAACAAUACUUGUGGCAGCAGAGUCAUACUCACUACACGAAAUGCGGAUGUAGCCUCUACAACCUGCGUAGAAUCCAGAGGUAAAGUCUAUAACUUGGAGCCCUUGCCCCUAACAGACGCUUGGGAGCUUCUGUGCAAGAAGACAUUUCAGGGAAACUCCUGUCCUCCUCACUUAGAGGAAGUCUGCAAUUAUAUUUUAAGAAAGUGCGAGGGACUGCCGCUUGCAAUUGUGGCAAUCAGUGGCGUUUUGGCUACCAAAGACAAACGCAGGAUUGAUGAGUGGGAUAUGGUUGGCCAUUGCCUUGGGGGUCAAAUUGAAGGCAAUGACAAGCUCAAGGACUUGAACAAAGUUCUCUCACUCAGUUUUAAUGAUCUGCCAUACUAUCUCAAGUCUUGUUUCCUGUACCUCAGCAUCUUUCCUGAGGAUCAUCAAAUCAAGCAUAUGAGACUUAUUCGAUUAUGGAUAGCGGAGGGAUUUAUCGAAACAAAGGAAAGCAAGACAUUGGAAGAUGUUGCAGAGGACUACCUCAAUGAACUAUUGAAUAGAAGCAUGAUUCAAGCAGCGGAGACAACACCUGAUGGAAGGGUCCAAAAGUUUCGUAUUCAUGACCUUUUGCGCGAAAUUAUCACCUCCAAGACAAGAGAUCAGAACUUUGCCACAAUUGCUAAAGAGUACAAUAUGCCAUGGCCAGACAAGGUCCGGCGCCUGUCAAUACAUAACACACUACAAUAUGUACAGCAAUACAGGUCUGCUUCUCAACUGCGUUCCCUCUUUAUGUUCAGAGUUGCUGAGAAGGCAUCACUGCAGAGGUUCUUCCCCACAGGCUUUACACUGCUUAAUGUGUUAGAUUUGCAAAGUACACCUUUAAAUGUUUUCCCAGCUGAAGUUGUCAACCUUUUCUUUCUAAAAUAUCUGAGCUUGAGAGAUACCAGGGUAAAAACUGUUCCGACCUGGAUAGGGAAGCUUCAAAACCUAGAGACUUUGGAUCUGAAAAAUUCUUGGGUUACUGAACUUCCAGUUGAAAUCCUCAGACUCCAACAUCUGCGCCAUCUCCUGGUAUAUCGUUAUGAGUUUGUUCCUCAUGAAAAUUUUCACUCAAAAUAUGGUUUUAAGGUGCUAGGAAAAAUAGGGGCUUUGACAUCCCUUCAAAAGCUCUGUUUCAUAGAGGGGAACCAAGAUGGUGGUGCCAUAUUAAUAGAGCUGGGGAAACUAGUUCAGUUGAGAAGGUUAGGCAUUGUUAAGAUGAGGAAAGAAUAUGGUAAGGCUUUCUGUUCAUCCAUUGAAAAACUGACGAAAAUUUGCUCAUUGUCCAUAACUUCAGUAGAAGAGGACGAGAUCAUUGAUUUGGAGUACCUUUCUUCUCCUCCUCUACUGCUUCAGCGGCUCUACUUGCGUGGACGACUGGAGACAUUACCUCACUGGAUACCUUCUCUUCAUAGCCUCAUAAAAUUAUAUUUGAAAUGGAGUAGGUUAAAGGAUGAUCCACUUGUAUUCCUUCAGUAUUUGCCCAAUCUAGUACAUCUUGAACUAUCUGAGGUGUUUGAAGGAGACACACUGUGCUUUGGAGCUGGAGGAUUUAAGAAGCUCAAGCAUCUAGGUCUCGAUAAAUCUGAUGAACUUAGAUGCAUACGGGUGGAAGCGGGAACAAUGCCUUGUAUUGAACAGUUAAGUAUCAAGCGCUGUAAAUCACUGGAGAAGGUCCCAUCAGGCAUUGAACAUCUCAUCACACUUAAGGUGCUGAAAUUUUCUGACAUGCCAGAAAAAUUAAUCAGGACACUACUUCCACAUGAACAAGGAAAUGAUUAUUGGAAAGUUGAACACAUCCCAGAAGUUUAUAUCACCUAUUGGAGAGAGUGGGAGUGGAAGGUCUGCUCCUUAGAGGGCUUGAGCGAGGCACAAAAGUCCCACUUCUGUUGUAUAUAG